AUGGCAUUGAGAAAUAAAAUAUUCCUAGUGGCAAACAUAGGAGCUAAGCAACCCUGUGAGCACAGUGAUGUACGCUGCCCACCUGAUGGCAGAUACCAAUUUAAUACAGAUGUUGUGUUCGAUGACAGUGGUACGCUGGUAGCUAGAUACCGCAAACAAAACCUGUAUUUUGAGUAUUCUUAUGAUACCCCAUCAACAGUUGAUUAUUCGAUUUUUGAUACACCUUUCGCUGGCAAGUUUGGAAUAUUCACUUGUUUCGAUAUACUCUUCUAUGAGCCUGCAGUGAGACUUAUCAAGCAGUACAAUGUGAAGCAGGUUGUGUAUCCAACUGCAUGGAUGAACCAGCUCCCGCUCUUGUCUGCUGUGGAAUUUCAGCAAGCUUUUGCAACUGCUUUCAGCAUUAAUAUUUUGGCAGCUAAUAUCCACCACUCCACUUUGGGUAUGACAGGCAGUGGCAUAUACACUCCGUCAAAGUCCUUCAUUUAUCAUGACCUAAGAAGUCACAAUGGCAAGCUCAUAGUAGCAGAGAUCCCUGUGAUUACACCUGAUCGUGAAGCCAAUUGGGAGAGCAGUACAAAACAUGGGGAGACCACAGAUCUACCCAACAAAAAUUUUGCAAGUCUCCCUCUAAAUGAUCAAGUUUGUCAUAAAACGGAUCAAGAAGCUCAUUGCACGGUAGCAGGUAAAGCAAAUGAAGAACUCUUGCCAGUAUUUUAUGCAGAGAUGAUGUAUGAUAAUUUCACUUUUGUUCCUGUAAGGGGACAAGAAGGGAAGGUCCAGGUUUGUGCCAACUCCCUCUGCUGUUACUCACAUUACCAGAGGCCUGUUUUAUCUGAUGAAGUGUAUGCACUGGGAGUCUUUGAUGGGCUUCACACAGUGCAUGGCACAUACUAUGUUCAGGCCUGUGCAUUAGUGAAGUGUGGUGGCCUCAGCUAUAGCACCUGUGGGCAGGAGGUCACAAAUGCAACUGCUCUGAUACAUUUCCAGCUGUGGGGAAACUUCAGUACUUCCUAUAUCUUUCCUCUACUGCUGACAUCUGAUGUUACAUUGGACUUUCCUGAUUACUUGGGUUGGAAAAACAACUACUAUUUCAUGAACAAAAAUGGAUUAUCCUCUGGCUUAGUGACAGCUGCUCUAUAUGGACGAUGGUAUGAGAAGGACUAG